AUGGGCGCCGUGCUGUGUCGCACCUACGAGGAUGCGAACGUGAUUGUGACGGAGCUGCGCGCACCCAUACGCAUCGAGCUUCAUAUACCGGCGACUGAGCGGGCGAAACCGAUCGUUGGCGUUGAAUGGCUGCAUGCGUGCCAGGCGCAGGGCAUGGCCCCGGCGUACGGCCCCUACCGCGUGUAUGAGCCGCGCGAUGCGCGGGCAGAGCCACCGGCCCCAAUGCCCCCCUCGCGCGAAGGCUCCGCCGAGGCGGAGGACGAUGCAUCCCUGCCUGACGCGCCCUUUGCGUGGGUCAACAGCGAGUACGCAGUCUUUCGAAGCACGCCUCGUGUCUGCGUCAACCAGUCCUUGGUGGACCAGCUCAAGGUCCUGCAGCGGCACCGACAUCUGACUAGCGAUGCCCACAGCGAGAUGGCCUACAUGCGUGCUGUCGCGGCAGUCAAGGCGGUCCCUUUUUCUUUGCGUGAUUGGUCUGUGACGCAGCUGCAGCAGAUCCAGGGCGUCGGACCCAAAGUGGCGCACGCCAUUCGGCAGUUUUUCGAGCAGGGCAGCAUCGCCGAGGCAGACGCUAUCCAGGCGGACCAAGCGCUACAGACCAUGCUGCAGUUCACUCAGCUGUAUGGCGUGGGACCCCGAACCGCUGAGCGUGCGUACCAGGCGGGCUGCCGCACACUGGAAGACCUCACGAGACGGUGCCAGACCAGGCUGUCCAUGCACCUUGGCCCAAAAGAGAGCCUUGCGCUGCUGCCAGACCUGCAGAUGAAAAUGUCGCGCGAUGAAGUGCAGGCACUCGCGGACGAAGUGCGUGUGGUUCGCUGA